AGGACCGGCGGUUUGGCUUGUAGCAGAAGGAGCCGUCAGCUGUGGCGAGUGCUGAGUGUCGAUACGUCCGUGGUUCUAAAUAAAGACCAAGACAAAAAGAUACGGAUCCUCUGCAACACGACGGGAGAUGGACAACAGUAAACGGACUGUGGUCGUCACAGGUUUUGGACCAUUUGGAGAGCACACGGUCAACCCCAGCUGGGUAGCAGUACAGGAACUGAAGAAGCUUGGACUGGGCAGUGAAGUGGACUUGCAUGUGUAUGAGGUUCCUGUAGAGUACCAGACAGUCCAGAGUUUGGUUCCUUCGUUAUGGAAGCAGUAUCAUCCACUGUUGGUAGUUCAUGUUGGAGUUUCAGGUAUGGCCACUACUGUCACGUUGGAAAAGUGUGGCAGAAAUCACGGCUAUAAAGGUCUGGACAACAGCAGCUUCUGUCCCGAUUCACAGUGCUGCAUUGUGGGAGGCCCGGACUGUAUCGACUCAGUUAUUGACAUGGAAUCAGUCUGCAAGAGAGUGACCGCCUCGGGGCUAGGAGUAACUGUGUCUGUCUCCAAAGACGCCGGAAGAUAUCUCUGUGAUUUCACCUACUACACAUCUCUGUACCUGAGCCAUGGUCGCUCUGCCUUCAUCCAUGUGCCUCCAAUCGGAAAGCCUUACAGCGGGGAAGACCUGGGUCGUGCGCUGAAGGCCAUUGUCCAAGAGAUGCUGGAGCUUCUGGACCAGGCUGAGGAGAAGAUACACUGCCAGCAACACUUCCACUAAGUGACCUCCAGAUGCCAACCAGCCUCUCCAGCUCUCACCACACAUGAGAAAUUGCACUUAACCACAAGUAGCCAAACUUCUUUCUUUUUUUAAUUGUUAUCUUUUCUUGUACUACCUAAAAACUUCAACAUAUAGGAAGUUUUCAUUGUUUGCUUCUCCCUUGGUCAACCCUUGGUCACAAUGUAACGUAAGCUUUUCUCUGACUUACAAGGAACACAAAACAUUCUGACUUUGGAGUUUAAAAUAUGGGAAUUACUAUAGGUUCACUAAGAAAGUAACAAAAUGCUGCUCAUAUUUUAUGAUAUACAGUUAAAAUAAAGAUCCAGAAGGUCUGUGGCAGACAUUACAACCAGAAAACCCCAAAGGUGACUCCUAUUAUUGCACCUUAUAGGGUUAGGGUUAUUGAAAUGGUUAUAGAAGUCACAUUUGGGAAAAUUAAUAAAUGUACUUGACAUUAUUUGACUUUUGUAAUGCUUCAUCCUCAAAUUUUGAGUUUCAAAUUUUGAAUUCCACUCUAUCACAAGAUGUUUCAGUCAACAGGUGUUUUCACCUAAAUGUCUAUAAAUGGUUAAUGUACAUGAUACAUUGUGGUUUAAGUAGAAAUGUUUAGUUGUAAACUGUGUUUGCUAAUUUCAGUUUCCUUCAGAUAUUUUUUCCAGGUGCUCUAAAGCCUAACUGUGCUGUCUCACGUUUGAUGUUGAAUUGUUUCAUGAGUCCUUUUUCUUUAUAAGAAGUUGUAAAUUUGCCUUCUUUUACAAAGGUUAUUUAAAUCAGGGAACGGGUUGGUUCCAGCUCAUUUUCCCCCAUUUUCUCGGCCCAAUUCUGACAGAAAAAUCCCAAAUUCACCUCACUGAGAUCUGGCCCCAGGUUGUGCAAUGUUAUUUCACAGAUCUCAAGUCUGUCGAUUUAGGAAAUUCAUGUUGUGGGUUUGUCAAAAUUCUAUUAUGGCUGCACAAUUAUUUGAGAAAAUAUUGAGCAAUGCAGUUAUUACUAUAAAUUGAAUUUAACUGAGUGAGCUGCAUUUCAAAUGGCUUACCAAAAAAAAAAAUUGUAUACAACUGAACAAACAAGUUACACAACUGACAUCACUGCUCUUGGUUUCUGGGUAGUGAAAUCCUUUUCAUUGAAUUGGGUCAUCGGUGUGUAAAGAUGCCUGUCAGAGCAUUAACUCUUUUAUGGAACUGAUUUUUAUCUUAAAGUGUGUAGAAAACCUGUGAUCAGGACUUGGGUUUUACAGUUUGCUACAUUGCAAGACCAAAUUUGAAAAUCUAUGUUUUUCUUUUUUCUAAAAUUGUGCAGCCCUAAUUGGUAUUACUUGAUUAAAGCUUUCUGUAGCUCCCUUCAUUGAAUCAGAUGUAGCUGCUUAUUUUACCUGAGGAUUUGAUUUGAUGAAGUUGGACUCUCAUUUCAGUCAGAGUUGGGCCUGGACUUUAAUUUCUGUAGCACUUUUUUGGUUUGUUUGUGUAUUAUUCAUAAUCUGGAAUUUGGACAACAUUUUUUCAGGCAAUGUGAAUGCUUGCAUUUAAAAAAAAAAAAUUUCAGUCACUUUAACUUGAAAUAUGUAGCUUUCCAGAUAUACACAUCUACUUUUACCCUUUCUCCCCAUUAAUUAUCAAUAUGCAUGUGAGGUAUGCUUUAUAGGUGUCUUAUGCUUUAUUUUCCUGAGCUUUGGUUUGUUCUGACCUACAAAACAAACUGCAGCAUAUUCCUUCACUGUGACGGUGCCACUCCCGGGUGUAUAUGUUCUGUUCAAUAGCUUUUCUUUUUUUUUAAUUUUUUUUAUUGGUUUGUCUGUUUCACUGUGUAUACCAGCAUUUCCGUGGUCGAUGAUUUGACAAGACUGGCCACACCACCUAACACAGCUUCAGUUUCAGUAGGAAUUUUAGCAUUGAAUGGUCUACAUUCUGCUUCAGCGCCCUGUUUAUCCCCAACAAAACUACCUUCCUGUGAGAAACAAGGAUAUAGUUUUAAGCUGUCAUAGCUAGUUGUAAGAAACUAACUAAAUGCUGUGCUUGGCUUUGCAGCAGUAGUCCUUGAAUCUUUAGUUAAAAUGCAUGUUUUUCACACCUGAGUUGUGCAAGUUGCUGCCAGUGAGUUUGAGUAUAUUGUCAUUAUUUUUAGCAGUGUGUCAUUUUAAUUUGCUAUUCAGUAUCAUGGUUACUGAACAGGACUGAACUUCUUGUCAGACCUAUGGUUUAUCUAAGCCUUGUAUUUUGGCUAUGUGGUUUAAAACUCUUAUGGAAUUAUUGAAAUGACGGACAGGUUUUAGAUCUGAGUUUGCAGGUGCUGAUAUUUUACUGUGUGGCUUUAUGAGUGCAGAGAAGUGAAAGGGUCAUGGAGGAGUUGCCCCAAAAAAUGUCUGCUCACAAAUGUGAAAGCCUCAAGUUUACAUAUGAGGUGACCUCUCACCCUGACUCUCUCCUGUGCCUUGCUGUUGUUGAUAUGUGUUAUGAAAAGGCCUUAAAAUGCUCACCAGGUCAGUUCAAAGAUAUGUUACUGAUACUGUCCAGUCAGAUGUGUGGCUACCUCAAAAAUACUUUUUUAUCUUGGUGUGUGCUCUGUUGUAAUAACAUUAUGGCUCUGUGAUUUAUUGUGAGUUCCUCUGUUUAGGGAGUGUCCUCUGAAAAGGUGUCUUCUUCUGCUUCUGAAUUUAACAAAGCAUCGUUACAAUAAGUAAUCUUGGCAUUGUAAACUGAAAGGCUUUGAAGUAAAGAGAAUUAAAGGAUUACAAGUAA